GCACCCGGCGAUCUCCAUGAUCGCUGUGUCCUACGGACACAGCUGAUCACGUGAUGUGUUUCCUCACGCUGUCACCCACCUGUGCCACUCUGCAGUGUCACACACCUGUGCCCAGAAGUGCCACCUACCUGUGCCCAGCAGUGCCACCCACCUGUGCCCACCCACCAGUGCCACCCACCUGUGCCCACCCACCAGUGCUGCCCACUAGUGCCACCCACCAGUGCAGCCCAGCAGUGCUGCCAGUCAGUGCCACCAGUCAGUGCCCAGGGGUUGUGCCAGUCAGUGCCGCCAGUCAGUGCCCAGCAGUGAUGCCAGUCAGUGCCGUCUAUCAGUACCCAUCA